CUUCCCAAGGCAAACAAAAUCUCGUUCGAAUUUCCAACAAUGUCACUGCAGGCUCAUCGUCCUCGUGCUAUUGUCAACGGAAUAAGUUGGUGCCAACACUGCCUACGUACCAUAAGAAUUGCCUCUUCCAACCCAUAUGCAAUUCUAUGUCCCUACUGCUACACCGAGUUUAAUCAUGAGCUCGAUGUUUCGAGGCCCAGGCUUGUUGAUCACCUCACAGGCCUAGAACAACCGUCCCCCGAUGCCCGGUUAGUGGAAAACUCUCUCGUCCUCGAUUCAAGGCAUCCAAGAGCUCGUUGGCAGACGGAAAACGAAGAUGAACUAGUGUCUUGGAUCACUCUUGAGGAAGCGGUAAAUGAUGUUACUGGAGGGACCUGGACGGUUGAGAAUGACCGUCCAGGUCCCUCUGCAGCAGCGACUUCUGCCAUUCGAGCUUUGCCAUUGGUGAAAAUAUCGGAAGGGCAGUUAGCGAACGAGCCAAAUUGCCCCGUGUGCAAGGAAGGGUUUGAGGUUGGCGGAGAAGCGAGGAAGAUGCCAUGCAAGCAUGUCUACCAUUCCGACUGCAUACUCCCUUGGCUUCACAUACACAACACAUGCCCGGUUUGCCGCUACGAGCUUCAAGCAGCCGGCAGCUGCAGCCCUAAUGACCAUUACUAUGGAGAGGAGGAGGAGGAGGGGACAGAACGCCCACGUAUUUGGAGGUGGUGGUGGAAUCUUCUUGUCUUUCUGGACUCUUACCUUUCUGGCCAUUUUCUGCAUUGGUUAUUUGGAUGCAACGUUAAUUACUUGGAUAAUUACCAACAACGUACCGGAGACAGAACCCGGUGGUCCUCUUGAUCAUUCUAUAGCCAGAUUACUUGAUAGAGUAGAGAUGGUGUGAUUAGUCGUGUGUAUGUACAAAAAUAUUACUCUUACCAUUUUUUCAUACCACAGUACGACUUUUUUUAAUAAGAAGGGACCUGUAUGCAUUUGGUGGGCCCUACCUUAAAAAGUUGGUAAAAUACAGUAUGAAAAAUGUAGUAAGAGUAACG